AUGGACGUUGACGCAAUCCAAAAUAACUAUUUUUCUAGUUACGAGGACUUAGAGGUACACAAGUUGAUGGUAGAAGACGAGCCAAGAACUCUAGCUUAUAAGAAUGCAAUCUUAAAUAACCAGUCAUAUUUUAAGGAUAAAAUUGUAAUGGAUGUGGGAAGUGGAACUGGAAUACUAUCUAUAUUCUGUGCACAAGCCGGCGCAAAGAAAGUUUAUGCUGUUGAAGCUAGUAACUUGGCUGGUUUAAGCAAAGAAAUUAUCAGAGAAAAUAACUUGCAGAAUGUUAUUGAGGUUAUUCAUAGUAAAGUAGAAGAUGUAAUCUUACCAAACAAUUCAAAAGUAGAUGUCAUAGUGUCUGAGUGGAUGGGUUUUUAUCUGCUACAUGAAGGCAUGCUAGAAUCUGUGCUGAUGGCCAGAGACAAGUUUCUCAAAGAUGAUGGUCACAUGUUCCCUGAGAGUGCUGCUGUGUAUAUAGCCCCAUGUAGUGUACCAUCAUUAUAUCAGAAAUGGAAUGACAUCUAUGGAGUUAAAAUGACAAAUUUUGCUAAAGAGCUUAGGGCUAGCAAAGGAAACAAACCAGAAAUCCUGACUAUAAAGCCAGAAGAUUUGUUAGGAACUGAAGUAAUACUUUGUUGGUUUGAAAUGAAAGAGACGUCUCUGGAAGAUUUAGAAUCAUUUACCAUACAACAUGUUCUAGGUGCGAGCCGAGAUGGUAGCUACCAAGGUCUGUGCAUAUGGUUUGAAUGCCUUUUUCCCGACUCGUCGGAUGGGGAAGGCGAUAACCGUGUUGUAUUGGACACCAGUCCUAAGAGUGCGCCGACCCAUUGGAAACAAACCUUAAUAGUUUUUCCUCAAGAACAAGCUGUCGAAGAAGGAGAACCAAUAGCUUUUCAAUUGGAUAUGAACAGGGACCCUAUAAAUGGUAGAAGGUACAAUCUGCAAGUGACUAUGCUGGAUCCAGAGGUAGUGGAACAUCCACAGCCAUGUUCCUGCCACAUGACUAAGUGUAUAUUAGUCAAGGAAUUCUUGAAACAACAUACCGACCAUGUUCUAAAUCAGAAAAAUGAAAUUAAUGGCACAAACAUACUUCAAGAUGAACCUAUUGAUGAGGAUGAUGAUGAAAGUUGA